GGUUCUGAUGAGCUUUCUUUGAUAUUGGAAAAAGCUGUUGAGUCCAGUCCUUGAGGGUUGGGGUUUGUCUUUUGAGUUUUUUAUUUUCCUCCCAGCAGAGAAUUUAUCUCCUCCAUCGUCUCUCUCAGAGAAUCUUUCAGUCAUCCUACAAUCCAAAGCACAGAUGGCCUUCCUACGAGGACCCUUGUCUGCAGCAGUAGCAUCGUUGCUGAGACGGCGUGUGAGUGCUCCUCUGAUCUGCAGAACGCAGCAGACACAGCACCAGCUGCAGCUGCAGUUGCCACUGGUUCGGUAUGCCGGCGGAAGCAACCGCACCAAGUCCAAGGGCGAGAGACGAGAGGCCAAGAUGAAGAGAAACGGCCGCCCGGUUCACAAGGGCAUGAAAUACAAGCCGGGGAAGCAAAAGAAGGGCGGGAGAGGCAAGAGCGUGCUAAGCGACCCCUCGAAAAUCAAGAAGAGAGAUAAACCAAGAUACAAGAACGGUGUGCUGUUAGGACCGAGAGGGAAGAAAACGUGGCAGCCAAUCUUUCCCAGGCGACCGCUACCGCCGUCUCGCAAGCAGCUCUCGCGGUGGACGGACGAGAAUUUUAUCGAUCAGAAACGGCGCGAGAAGCAGUUCUACGUAAACCACGAGACCACGCCGGCCGAUGUCGGACCGCCUAACGCGGCACAGUUCGGUGUGCUGUAUAGGAUGCCGUUGGAGGAGAGAUUGCCGCUGAAUGAGACGGUCGCGCGGUUGGGCAAUUUCAAGUCGUUGCGAAUUUUGCCGUCGGUGCGGUCGGCGGUGUUUAAGCGUGUGCUGAACAAUGUGCACAAGCCGUCGCCGACGCCGGUGCAGGCGCUUGCGAUUUUCAGAUUGAUGAGACGGCCGCUGCCGGAGGUGCGGAAGAUGCAGGAAGGGUUGUUGCCUUAUCCGUCGCUUGAGGGGUUCGAGAGCGAUGAGGAUUACUACCGCCGCAAGGCGUUGCGGAGGAAUCUCGCGAAAACGAAGCCCGAGUUGAAGACGUAUUUGAUUGCGGCCGAGACCGGGUCGGGCAAGACGCUUGCGUAUCUGAUGCCGCUGAUGUCGAUGCUGAAGGAGGAAGAGACGACGAACGCGCAUCAGAUCUGGGGGAUUGACUCGAAGCCGUACAUCCGGUCGGUGAUUUUGUUGCCGACUGCGGAGCUGGUGAAACAGGUGUUGACGGUGGUCAAGGAGCUUUCGCAUGAAAUCAAGUUGUCGUCUGCGGGUCUGUCGAAGGAAACGUCGCGCGAGACGGCGAAUAACAUUCGGGGCAAGCAGAUUGAUAUUCUUGUGACGACGCCGAUACCGCUGAUUAGGUUGAUGGAACUACCGAAUAGCGGUGACCUUCUUGAAAACUGCCGGAAGAUCUUUAUCGACGAAGCCGACAGCUUGAUGGACCGGUCGUUCAAGGAGCAGACGAUGAAGAUCAUCAACGCCCCGCCGCGGCUCGAGAAAGCUGUCUUUUGCUCGGCGACGAUUCCAAAGUCGUUUGACCGCACGCUGCGCAGGAAGUUCCCGAACAUUGAGCGGAUUGUGGCGCCGCAUCUGCACCAGAUUCCGCAGAAUAUCACGUUUUCGACGGUGGACACGUCCGAGGAGCCGUUUUACAACGACAAGCGCAAGGCGCUGCUGCAGACGCUGUAUAACGUCGACAAGCACGAGAGCGAGGGCAGUAAGAUCAAACGCGUUGUUGUGUUUAUGAACCAGCGCGAGAGCGUCUCUUGGUUGGUGGGAUACCUCAACGGAUGGGGAAUCACCGCCGAAGGAUUGACGCGAGACAACACGAUCGACGAGCGGUCGCGGAUCAUGCGCGAGUUCAGGUCGUCGUCGCCGUCGGUCAAGACGGAGACGGGAGCGGAUCUGGAGAAGGGGAAGAUGAAUGCGAUGCGGGUGCUUGUGACGACGGAUAUUUUCUCGCGCGGAAUCGACAUGAAGGACGUCCGGACCGUGAUCUUGUACGAUAUCCCGUUCUCGUCGAUCGAUCUCAUCCACCGCGCGGGACGCACGGGACGGAUGGGGAAUAAGGGACGAGUGAUUUUGUUGGCGUCGAAGAAUGAGUUGCAGCCGUGGUUGAGGGGGUUGGGCACGACCAUUAACAGAGGUUGGGCUCUGGUGUGAUCUGUAUAUAUUGUAUAUCCAACUACAUGAUUCUUCUUUCCUUGUUUCCCCUUUCUUCUUUCUUUUUUUUCCUUCCUUUUUCUUCUUUUAUCUUUACGGUUGAGCAGAGUCGAUCAUUUGAUUGAUUGACCGCCAACAAACUACCGAAGCAACUUCAUCUGCAGACUUGUUUUGAAACAUGGUGUCUGAUCAGAUUAUACAAAUUCGGAAAAUCAAACCCUCCUUGAAGAAGGAGACGGGGCCUACAGUUCAGUUGGAUAGACUUGUUUUGUAGUUUUCCAACACUACUCUGGCUCCUACAUGUGUGUUUGUAGUAAUGUAUGCAGU